AUGUCGAACCCAAUAGACUCCGGAAUUUCCGAGCCUUCUCCCGAUGCUGAGCUUAUCGGCUUAGAGAUGCUGCCACUAGAUAUCAUCAUGCUUAUCGUCGCUCUGCUCGACAUACAGGACAUAUAUCGCUUGAGACAGUGCUCGAAACACCUCGCCUUCCUGCUCUCGUCCCAUCCCGUCUGGCAUGCCGCACUGCAGAAGCAUAUCGGCGCCUACAAGCCCAUCGUCCCUCUAUCUACUCCCUCCCUCGAACUUGCCACGCAUGACAUGGGAAGGGCCAUAGAACGGAGCGCUCAUUUAAGCCGAGCGUGGACCGCUACGCGUCCGAAGAGGAUAAACCUUGCCCAGUUCGCUCCGCCACCUGCGCCAAAUGGCCAUGAACGCAAGCCACUGCGUCUUGAGCUGCUGAGACAUGGCGGGCGCUCUUACGCGCUAGUGGGGUACUAUACCUCGGGUCGAUUUGAAGACGCUGGUCGUCAUGUUCUAUACUGCCUAGAUCUUGGGGCAACACAACCGGGACCGUCUGAAGCCGUCCCCUCAACCUCUCUUCGGGUAUGCGCGCGGAUGGACCUCCCGCAAGUUGUGCAUGUAACCUCGAAUGAGGCUCCUGGAGAUGCGCCAUUUGUUGUGGGUCAUAUCGAGCACCCAGAUACCGACGAAGUCGCGUUCAAAGCAUAUCUUCUCGACUUCGCACCUUCGGCCACAUCUACUCUUGAUGAAGAGACUGAGCUACCCGUAUUCGGUCUUCGCAAGAUUCGAAGCUUUGCCACCAAGGGUCCCCCGCUCCUCUACAGCGGUCACAUCCUAGUCGCAGGGGACAAGAAGGGAUUCCUCUGGGUGUACGAUACCCGCAGCGGUGACCUGAUAUACGAAUUGGAGGGUGGCAAUCCCGAGGCGAACGAGACGGCGCGCGUGAUGCUCAGGGAGGACAUACUCGUAGUCCUCGGAUAUGCGUGCAUCCGCGUCUUCACCUUCCCACAGCCUCUGCAGCGCUCUCCUGACAAUCCGCAAGAGUUUUCCGGCCCGCUGAACUUCAGCACAGACGAACCAGAGGUGCUCAAACCCACCGUCACCCAUCCCUGGCGUUGGGGCCUAGAGAUGCUUGCCGCUGCUCCUCUUGUACAUGCGCACGCCAGCGGUCACACUCGGAGCCGCCCGCAGAUCAAUCUGUUCGUCCGCUUCAGAUCGUGGUACCCCUGGCCCAUCAACAUGCUUCAUCACUAUGUCCUUUCACCUGGCCCGGACGGGAUGUAUGCGACAGCGCCAUCGCUGAGGCUGUACACGUACUCGGCUCUGGACCUAUUCUCAGUGUCGGAUGCUGCCCUCGGCCAACACGGGACGGCCCUAUGGACGGACACGUAUAACUCUGACCCGCGUGCUCCGGGCGGGCAGCGCGUCGCUGGCAAGAUUCUACGUCCUGCGCCCGGCGAUCAAGAGCUCGAGCAGACCGUCGAAAGCUUGAACGACGUUCAACAGACUCAAUCUGAGUUGAAUCCCUCUAUCGACCGAUACGAUAAGGGUACGACCAUGGUCUUCGACGUACGUCGCUCGGCCGAGGUGUGCAAGCUCGCAAUGGACGAAGAGGCCGGGCGCGUAGUUGUGGGUCUUACGAACGGGAACGUCGAAGUGUGGGAUUAUAUGCCAGACACGUACUAG